AUGAUAUUUUCCGAUCACAGAAGGUGCCAUACAAACGAAAACAGGAACCAUUCAAAGCUCGACCUUCUUCUCAUUGAUGUUGGCCACUUCUGCCUUGUGUCUGCAGACUCAACUUGCAGAUACAUCACUUUAAGCUAUGUAUGGGGGAAUAUGCCAUUUCUCAAAACCACAACACACAACCUCCCACAACUCCGCAAAGAAGGGGCACUUGUACAAGCCAAUGGUACUCCUACGGUCAUCACCGAUGCAAUCCUUCUCACGAGAUCUAUCGGAGAGAAGUACCUCUGGGUCGACGCAUUAUGCUUGGUACAAAACGAUAACGUAGCAAAAUAUCGUGGAAUUAACCAGAUGCACAAGAUAUUCGCGCAAGCAUGCCUUACCAUCGUAGCGGCUUCCGCACGAGAUGCAUAUUCAUGUCUACCAGGAGUCCGGAGUGCUACGCGGUUGUCUCUUGUAUCAGACGCAAUAGGCGGAAUCCAACUCACGAAGGCUAUGCCAAGCGCUUUCAAAGAGUAUACCGGCACAAUACAUCAAUCUCGAGGGUGGACGUUUCAAGAAAUCCUGCUUUCGCGCAGGUGUCUGAUAAUCACAUAUGACCAGCUCUACUUUCGCUGUCUAUCCAAUUUGAGGUGCGAAAUGGACGAGAAAAAUGCAGAAACGGGAUUAGCAUCUGGCCAGAACAACAACUCCUCGCUAGAUCCAUAUAUUAGCCUAUAUGCGAAUCUUGUAGAGUCGUACACUCAUCGGCAUCUCACUUUUGAGGCAGAUGUCCUCAACGCAUUUGCAGCUCUACAAGCGACAUUGAGUAAGCAAAUGAAGGCUGGGUUUGCCUUCGGAAUGCCCCUAGCGAAUCUAGGAAAGGCUCUGCUCUGGACUACGAAACACCAAGGUGCUCCCAGACGACACAUUGAUCAUGAGAUCUUUCCCAGCUGGUCAUGGAUCUCUUGGCAAAAUCAGGUUCAAUGGACAUGGCCGAUCAUGCCAUAC